CAAGAAGCAACAAACUAACACACGCUUUCUCUUACAGAGGGUUGCUGAUCGGCUGUAUGCUGUCUACAAGGUCCAUGGAAACUAUGGACGAGUCUUCAGUGAGUGGAGCGCCAUUGAGAAGGAGAUGGGAGAUGGACUGCAGAGUGCUGGUCAUCACAUGGAUGCCUAUGCCACAUCCAUAGAUGACAUCCUGGAAGAAGAGGAACAUUACGCUGACCAGCUGAAAGAAUAUCUGUCCUACGCUGAAGCUCUGAGGGCCGUGUGCAGGAAACAUGAGCUGAGCCAGUUUGAGCUGGAGAUGGCCUCCCAGGACCUGGUGUCUAAGAAGCAGCAACGUGAGGAGCUGGCUACAGGGAUGGUGAGAACGUUCUCCUUGAAGGGGAUGACCAACAAGCUGUUUGGGCAGGAGGCUCCUGAGCAGAGGGAGGCCAAGCUGAACCUGCUAGAAGAGCUGAUAGCAGAGGGGGAAGAGGCUGUGAAAGAGAAAACAGCUGAGUGCCAGGAGCACGCCGUAAAGGCCUGGGCUGACAUCCUGCGUUUCAAGGAUCAGAAAGACAAAGACCUGCUGGAGGCGCUCAUCAGCUACGCUCUGAUGCAGAUCAGCAUGUGCAAGAAGGGGAUACAAGUUUGGAGUAAUGCAAGAGAAUGUUUUCAGAAGAUGUAGAGCUGAGGCCAGGCUGACACUUUCACCUGGUGCUGAUGAAAGCACAACACAAAGCAGCCAAAUCAGCAGCCUGGGUUCAAAGAGACAGAAGCAGACAUAGAAAAAGAGCAUAGAUACAAAAGAUAUUCUGAUGCAUUGAGACGCGGCUGCCUGUGUUAGCUCAGGUAUGUACAUGUGUGCUGCAAAAUGACAAAGGAAAUCCAUCAGUUUGAUUGAUUCAGGGAAAUCGUUCAUUAUAGCUUCAAAUGUGGACAAUAUUUAUCUUUACGUAUAAUACGAAAUACUUCAUGUUUUAUUCCUUCAUUUACUAUAAUUGUUAUAAAUGGUGUGUGAGCAGAAAUGCUGCGUUUCAGAGGCAGAAUCAUAACUGUGAUAUUUAGAGCUGCAGUUUGGUUGUUUUGCCUGAAUAAAAAUGUCUACAUGUCUC